AUGGUUCUCAGAUCAGGGUCCCACAGGGGGGCGCUGUUGCUCCUCCACACGCUCCACACCCACACUCCCCUUUUCCGCAUUGCUGAAGCACCAGAAGCCGUCAACAUGUCUCCGGCCCUCGGUCGCCUGGUGGCCCGGCUCUCGGCCCUCCCGGCGGUGACACUGAGCCGGACAGCCGUGUGCUCAUCGUCCGGUGCCAUCCUGCCCAGACCCAGGAAGACCCCCUUCGGCCCUGUCCGGAUUGCUCUGGUAGUGCUGCCCUUCUUGUAUGUGGGGAUUCAGAUCAGCAAGAACUUUGCUGCGCUGCUGGAGGAGCACGACAUCUUUGUGCCCGAGGACGACGACGACGAUGACUGAGGGGUCUGAGGGCUUCCUGGUAAUCAGAUCAUGUUUCGUCACUACUACUGGGAGGAGUCUGAGCUUCUGAGCAGAUAAAUGCCUUCGUCUGCUGUGUUGUCAAGUUGCUUCAGUCUGCACUGUGUUAAUGGUUUCAUGCUGUUAUCGACACUGGGAUAGAGCUGAACUGGUCAAAGCUUUCUGUAUUUGCAUGCACUACUUUAAUUGUAACAAAAGGAAUGACACGCUGAAUGGAGUUUGGUGUAAGUUGAUUGCAUCUGUGCACUCAAACAUCCCACAGUCAGUCAUGGGAAGUUAAGUGUCUGUGUCAUUUAACUGAAUGUAACUGGUCUGUCUUAAACACUGCUGAUCAAAAUACAAGGAGGAAGCACCAUAAAAACAUUAAUGUACAGGACACACAGAGUGAAUGAAAACAGUGUGUGACCUUCCUUCAAUACAUAAUUUCAAUGUAAAUAAAAUGCCAGACCAACAGUUCUUCUAUCCGGUCUUAAAGGGACAGUUCAUCCAAAAUAUUAGCAGCUCUAUGAAGAACUGUGAAGAUAAACUGCCCCUUUAAGUUAAUUCCUGCAUCGAUGUGAUCGGGAAUAAAAGACAAACCUUCAGCCA